GCAGCGGUCGCAGCAGAGCAGCAGCGGCGGCGGCGGCGGCGGAGCGGCAGUCGGAGGAAGAGAGCGGAGCGAGCUGCGGUGAAUACACAAGAGUUUCGGUGCUGCGCUCCCGGGCAGCAGAAAGAACAGAGGCCGCCUGACAGUCACCUGCCAGCGGCCACAGAAGACGAGAGAGCUAGGCUCGGUCACGGAGGACUCUUUGUACCGAGCGGCUUUGCGAUAAAACCGCAAGGAAACACCGAGGGAGGGAGCCGAAGUGGCCGCCGCAUCGCUCCUUUGCGAAGAAAUCCAGGAAAAGAGCGUUCAGAGAGACCCGGCGUUCAACAAGAAGGAGACGGAGGCGAGCAGAGGAGACGCUCUGAAUGCAGCUGAAGAGGAUCAAUCCACACUGAGGAAUAAAAAACACUGCGCUGUGGAUUUCUCCUUUUUUUUUUGUGACAUUAAUGGUUAUGUCUGACAGUAACGUGUGACCUCCACAUCUGCCUGGUAGACGACAGACUUUUAGUUUUUCUUCUUUUUGAACCUUUUGACCGUUGAGUUUUAGAGGAACUCUGACGGGAACUCUUUUCCUUUUGAACUUUCACGAUCGCUUUUUUUUUCUCAGUUUUUUCCCCCUUUCUGUUAUCUCCCCGUGUGGUUUCGAGAUAACGUUUUUUUGUUUCUCUGAAAAGGAAGCAGAGGAGGUGACUCACUCAAGUUUCUCUAACAGGAACUUGAGAAGCUUUUUCAUUCUACUUUGGCUUUCACAAGGGGACAAAUCCUCUCUUGUGUGUGUGUGUGUGUGUGUGUGUGUGACAGAGUGUGUGUUUGUGUAGCCGAGCGUCCCUGUGAGAUACGUUAUCGUGAAUCAGGGGACAGUUAGCCGACUGUUUCGUGUCCUCCGGGAAAAAUGGGAUCAGAAAAGGACUCGGAGUCGCCUCACUCCUCGGUGAGCGGCGUCCCAAACCCUAAGUGCCGAGCGGCCGGCAAGCGCCAGGGCCGCAUCUCCUUUCACAGCCUGUUCCACAGCAAACGAGGCUCCCGGGGCGCCAAGGGCCCCAAAGGAGGAGUGGCCCCCCCUUUGACCCAUCAUCUCCACACACAGCAACAGCUUAUCCCGUCUGCCUUGAGCUCAGUGCCCGCCGCAGCCUCUGCCACGCCAACGACAACCACCACCACCACCACCACAGCCGCGACGACCCCGCAGGAUGCCGCCAACAGCACCCCGUCAAAGCCCCUGUCCUCCAGCCAGCCGUCCCUGGGCGGAGCCCCUGCUGCUGGCGAGAACAACCUCCUGGAGUGCCCCCUGUGCCUGGUGCGCCAGCCCGCCGAACAGCUCCCCGAGCUGCUGGGCUGCAGCCACCGCUCCUGCCUCUGCUGCCUGCGACAGUACCUCCGCAUCGAGAUCACAGAGAGCCGAGUCCAGCUCAGCUGCCCGGAGUGCGCCGAGAGACUCGCCCCGCAACAGGUGGCGGACAUCUUGGAUGAUGCGGCGCUGCUGGAAAAGUACGAGGAGUUCCUGCUGCGGAGGUGCCUCGCCUCUGAUCCAGAUUGUCGAUGGUGCCCAGCGCCGGACUGCGGGUUUGCCGUCAUCGCCUCGGGCUGUGCCAGCUGUCCCAGGCUGGUGUGUCGCAGAGAAGGCUGCGGUGCCGAGUUCUGCUACCACUGCAAACAGGCCUGGCAUCCCAACCAGACCUGCGACUCGGCCCGCCAACAGAGGGCGCAAUCCCUGCACACACACAGCAACCACUCGCCCAGCUACACACAGGAGCAGGGACCCGCUGAUGACAUCAAGCCGUGCCCUCGCUGUGGUGCCUACAUCAUCAAGAUGAAUGACGGGAGCUGCAAUCACAUGACCUGCGCCGUGUGCGGCUGCGAGUUCUGCUGGCUCUGCAUGAAGGAGAUCUCCGACCUGCACUACCUCAGUCCUUCCGGCUGCACCUUCUGGGGGAAGAAGCCGUGGAGCAGGAAGAAGAAGAUACUGUGGCAGCUGGGCACUCUGAUCGGAGCUCCGGUCGGAAUCACUCUCAUCGCGGGCAUCGCUGUUCCCGCCAUGGUCAUCGGUAUCCCCGUUUAUGUCGGCCGCAAGAUCCACGCCCACUACGAGCUGAAGAAGUCGUCUCGUCACAGAAGGAACCUGGCCAUCACGGGGGGCGUGGCCUUGUCCAUCGUCACAGCCCCGGUCAUCGCAGCUGUCAGCGUGGGUAUCGGCGUUCCCAUCAUGCUGGCCUACGUGUACGGCGUGGUGCCCAUCUCUCUGUGUCGGGGGGGAGGCUGUGGUGUCAGCAGGGGGAAGGGGCGAGGAGUGCGCAUCGACUUUGAUGAAGACGAUGGUCCAAUCACAGUGGCGGAUGCGUGGCGAGCCCUGAAGUCGCCCAGCCUGGGAGAGAGCAGUCUGGACGGGGCGGUUAGCGGGAUGAGCACCACCUCCCCCAGCGAGGGGCUCUCCGUGGCCCCCGGGACUCUGGGGGACACUCCCCACUUUAACACCCUGGCAGGCGGCGCCCUGGGGACACGCACCAGCAAAUACAGCAGGUUGGAGGUGCAGGCGGGAGAGCUGGCUAAAGAGUCCGCUCAGAGGGAGACGGGCAGCCUGGGAGCAGGGAGCGACUGCGCCAGCACCCGAGGGAUGGCCGGCUCUAUAAUCUCCUCCUACACACUACCUGACAGGGACUGCACCAACCUGGAGAUCCAGGUGGACAUCGAGACCAAACCCAGCCAUCUCUGCCUGACCAGCGAAGAGGACCUGACCCCGCCUCCCGGCUCUGCUGCCAUGGCGACCGUCUCAGGAGGGGAGGAGCCCCAGGACUGCAGCUCCAGGAGGGGCGGGGCUCUGUCCGGCUCUGCGUUGGGACUGUCUGCAGGCGCGUCGAUCAGGGAGGGGCUCCGAGACGUCACGCUGGCCCAGCCGGAGAGCAUCCGCAGCGACCUGGAGAUGUCGGACACUCAGUCAGACGACAUCGCAGAGCUGACAUCCGACGACUGUGACUCCCCACACCCGAAAAGCUGUCACCUGGCCGCCGGCCAGCAGGCCCAGCCCCCCUCCUGCCGAGCCCUAAACCCCCCCGAAGGCCUUCACUGUCCCGCAGACGGCAACGUCAUCCUCUACGUCUGAGAGAAACGCUGCUCUCAGGAUUGCACAAAAAACGAACCCCCCCCCCCCCCCCCCCCCCCCCCCCCGCAAAGAUUACACAUUUAUCCUCCUCUUCUUCAUCAUGGCUUUUUCUCUUUAUUUCUGGUUUGCUGCUUCUGUGACACACACACACACACACACACACACACACACACACACACACACACACCGUCUUCAACACAAACA